GAGAGGAACCAGUAGUUCGUUAGCGCGGCUUGUUCAGCAACCGAAGGAACGAACGCACGUUGUCAGUAACAGAGCUCCGUAAGAAGAAUGAAAGUAUGGAAGAGAUGAACAGAUGUGCACGAGAACAAGUCAAAUCUUCUCGGACUAAUUUAAGAAGAGAAAACCUAUGACAAAAUUCCUUUUUUACGAGGCAAUAACAUUUGGCAAGCCAUGUGGGCAAUUCAAGUAGAGACAGAAGACGCACGCUCCACCGAAGGUAUUUGGCUCUCGUAGAUCCAGGGGUUCAUGCUGGUCUGUUUAGUUGAAUGGUUACCUGGACAACAACUUGUUGGAUAUAAUACGAGUGAUAACGACUGCCUACUUUAUUAUUGUGCCAACAUCUUAAGGACUGAAGACGCAAAACUAUUCCCAUCACUAUGGAUAACAGAAGCGAAUACGAAAGGUGCCAUCACAUAUCUCACAUUGAGAAAGGGAGCCCGCUCACCAGUGCGCUGAUGUUCUCCGCCGGUGUGGUCGGUAACGUGGCUGCACUGUUCGUGCUCGAGAUGCGCCGAAGGAAGAACCCGAGUCGACAGAGAAGGUCACUGUUUCACGUGCUGGUGACCUCUCUGGUAGUAACAGAUCUGGCGGGAACCUGUUUCAUAAGCCCCAUUGUGCAGGCGUCCUAUUCCUUUAACACCACGUUAAUUGGAAUGAGUGAAACGAGCGCGGUGUGUCAAUACUUUGGCUUCAGCAUGACUUUCUUCAGUUUAGCCACAUUGUCUAUUCUCUUCGCUAUGGCGCUCGAGCGAUGCCUAGCCAUCGGAUACCCGUACCUGUAUGGGAGGCACAUAACGAAGCGGUGUGGAUACAUAACUAUUCCAUUCAUCUUCUUACUUUGUACGUUGUUCUGUCUGAUGCCGUUCGCUGGAUUUGGGGAGUAUGUGCAGUAUUGCCCGGGAACUUGGUGUUUCAUUGACAUGAACCCCGGUGGCCCAGCAGACAGAGUUUACCCAAACCUUUACGCAUCUGUGUUGCUGCUACUGGUUUUAUCCAUAGCGGCUUGCAAUUUUUUUGUGGUUUAUCAAUUGGUCCUCAUGUACCGUAGGCGUAGAAUAAACUAUGGUUCUGUGACCACGCGGACUAAGAAGGACCGGCGAGCCGUCUCCAUGGCGGAGGAAGUGGAGCAUCUUAUUCUGCUGGUGUUCAUGACAGUGAUAUUUGUCAUUUGCACCCUUCCCCUAGUGAUCCGUGUGUACAUAAACUCCAUGAGCCCGACGAAGGAGAGCCACCUCACAGACCGCAUAGCUCUCCUCCUCCUCUCCGUCAACUCCAUCAUCGACCCCUGGGUCUUCAUCUUCCUCAGCCCGUCCGUGCUACACUUCUGCUGGGGACACCUGUGCAUGGGGCCCCCCCUGCGAUUGCGGAGCUCCCUCUUCAAGGCCUCGCUGGGCAAGGAAGCCCAGCUGGAACUGUCUCACCACAGCAACUCUGCAAAGUUUGGCCAACCCAGGAACCCCCCCACGCAGAUGGUCUGACCAUCCUUGGACCCCCCCCCCAAGCUCCCUGCAGAUGGUAUGACCUUUACUGAGAGGUGCCUGGGGGAGCAGCCCAACUCUCAGAAUGUGUGCUGUUAUAGGGGGAGUCAUGGGACACAGGCUCUCUGUACCAGAGACCUCCGUCUCUCCUGAUGCUGGUUUUAGAAACGAGCUUCUUGAGCCUCUUCCUGGGACUCCAUCGGAAAGGGACCUUUGAGUGACUGUUGGACAGGAGCCAGAGUCACUGUCUUGGUCAAGUCUAAGUCCUUUCAACAAAGACUCUUAAGACUGUCUGUUAUCUUAUCUGAUUAAAGGAUUUGCAGAGAGAGAGAAACUUAGAUUUAAAACUCCCAAGUGAGUCCACAGUGUGCCAGAAGCCUGUUUAUUUUGCGUCAUGGCUUUAGCAGGCCGGGGGUCUCCAUGGGAAGUUACCAUCGGCUCUUUAAACGGAUUGGCCCGUCACGCUAUCGUAUCCUCAUGCGGUCUUGCGGAUGGCCUACCAGAGUUGUAUCAGAUCACCAUCAGGGUUUCCCGCAGAAAAUGUGUUAGUUAAGGUGGUAGGGUGGGGUUUUCCGGCGGAGCGGCAUAUAUAUAUAUAAUUAUUUUUUGACGACGUAUUUAAGGCGGCAGGAGUUGCUUAGGCGGCCGCCUUAACUGAAAAGUGCGGCGGGAAACCCUGACCAUAGAGAUUCAGUGGUAGCUAUAGCUACCACACACAUUAGCCCUCUCACCCCAAGCAGCUGUUUGGUUGACCUUUCACCCCAACUCGACUCACCUUAGAGGUCAUGGGUCAAGAAGGAUUCCAUUCUUAAUCAGUCAUACUUUUUAGAGCCGCUUCUGUCAGGAGGGAGAGGGGUGACAGCCACUACCUUGGAAACAGAAGCAUCACGAUGGAGCAUUCGCCACCUGAGAAAUGAGCGUGGCGUUCAAAUUAUGUUACGCUGUGAGGCAGCCUUUACGGAGAUCUGCUUUGUCGGUUUUCACAGGGUCUGUGUAUUUCAAGCACAGCAACGGUAUUUAUUCAAAGUAUAGCAGUUAGUGUUGAUGAUGCUCCUGAAUGUGUCAAAGGUGCUUAUGAAUGUUCAGGUUGUAAAUAUAGUAAUUCAUGUGGAUGUUAAAGUUGUUAAAGUCUUAUGAGUGUGUGUGUGUGUGUGCAGACUGCUGCACAUAAACAAUACUGCUACUUCUGAGUGUUAUGUAGAGCACUUGUACAUUGUGUACCUGUGUUAUCCUGUACUGUGGAAGAUGUGUGCACUGAGCUAUGAAACAACCUUGCUUAUGUUAUGUGUAUAGUAGGUGUGUCAAAGCUCGUGUAAAUAUGUGUCCUGAGUCAGCUUCUAUCCACCAAAUAUUAUCUGGACUCUCCCCUUAAUGUCAAUACUUCCAUUGCAGAUCGUCUCCAGACUUUUUAAGGAUGUUAGAACCCAUGCACCCUAACACUGUCGUUCUGUACAUGGACACAAAAUGGCACCUCCAUGUGACCUUCAUAACUAACCCUUCCCGGCCAAAGUAGACUCUGUGGUCCCUUAGGGGGAUCAUAUCCCCCUGAUCUAAUACAGAUACCUUCAAAUGGAUCGCCACUCAUCAACAGAACAUUUAUAAACGCAUUAAUUGCAUUGCUUUUUCGGAUACUCAGGCAAAGUUUCUGCAAUUUCCUCUGCAAAUCUGAUUAAUUAUGUUGACUCAACACGUUGAUUCAUGAAGGUGAUUAGUCU